AUGGCGCUGCAAUGUAUGUUACUCGUCGCACAGCACAAAAACUUGGCAAGAACGAGUGAGGUCGUGGGAGUCAGACCAAUUUGCCUACAACCGAUAGCAGCAAAACGACAACUCAAAACACCGACUUCGUUCUAUUUCACUGAUCCAUACCGGUUACUGAGAGUUUCCAGAUUGUUAGUAGUACCGAAGUGGGCUGAAGCAAUAGAGAUCCCGAGAUACGGACGCCAUAACUGGCAUCAACACCACUGCAGAAAGGAAGGACGCGAAAGACGAGUCGCAACGCAACACAAAACCCAAACGUUAUUGAAGUGGGAGAAGCAAGAUAUUCCAAACGGGACACUUCCAGCUACAAAAUGA